AUGACGGGAGGACUCGAAGCCCGGCCAAGCAAGAAGCGGCGGCAGUCCGGCGCCGGCCUGGCGGAAUUUGCCACGCGAAUCACCAAGCACCUCGCCGACGCGAGCCCUCGCGGCAACAUGGUCUUCUCGCCGCUGUCCAUCUACGCCGCGGUCGCGCUGCUGGCGCCCGGCGCCCGAGAGGACACCCUGGACGAGAUCCUCCGCCUCCUCGGCGUCCGUUCCCGCGACGAGCUCGAGGAUCUCAUCUCGCGCGUGGCGGCGGACGCGCUCAAGGACCAGUCGGGGUCUGGCGGGCCGAGCGUGGCGUUCGCGUGCGGCGUGUGGAACGACAAGGCGCGGCCGCUCAAGACGGCGUACCGCGAGACCCUCGUCGGCACAUACAAGGCGAAGUCACGCGCCGUCGACUUUCGGGGAAACGCGGGGAAAGCGGCUCAGCAGAUCAACGCCUGGGUCGCGCGGGUCACCGGAAACCUUAUCACCGCCGUCGUCUCGCCGAAAUCCUUCUGCCCGGCGACGGACGUCGUGCUAUUUUGCUGA